UGCUUUUAUCGAUGCUCAUGGACGAAGCAGAACAUGACAGAGGUGGCGAAGCAAGAAAUGACGCUGACGAGGCUGACCGAAGGGAUAACAAUGAUGGAGCUCGUACACAAGAGCCCAAGAGUGAGGAGGUCAUCUGUGAAGUCGACAGCUUUAAUGCUGCAUCACUGUCGGAAUCCUCCUGUCCGGCCCCAAUUAAUGAUGAGAUUGGCCUCUUGCUGCCAAAGCGCGAGCCUGAGGAAAUUGUCUGUGCGGUCGACUGCUCGGACGGCUAUUUUCCGACCCACAUUGAUUCGAGUGACGCUAAUCUGGGACCCUACUCUCCCAAGAGUGAAAUGGCGGAGCUUGGCAUUACAACCGAGGGCUCCUACGGCCCUUCACUGUUUGGCCGUCCCGGUAAUGCUACCAUGGCUGGGCCGAAUUCGCCCGGGUUCAUGAACUGUUGGUGGGAUCCAUCUGCGAUGAACAGUAACAUGCCCAUCACGGGGCCGCUCGCAGGUAAUGUGGCCGAAUCGAAUUCGUCGGGAACCCUGCGUUGCUGGUGGGAUCCAUCCAUCGUCAACAAGGUUAAAGAUAAAGCCAACAAAAGCACUUCCGUGCCUGUGCCGGUCUUCUGUUGCGAGAUGUGUGGCGAUUGCUUCGCGGCAGUAGAGCACCUAAAUAGGCACAGGCUGUUGACGCAUACGGAGAAGCCCCAAGGAAGGCAUCAGUGCGCCCUGUGCCCCUACUCUAGUAAUAGAAGGCACGACGUGGACGCGCACGAGCGCACUCACAACGGCGUGAAGCCAUUCGUGUGCCACCUGUGCCACAAAGGGUUCGUCCAGCGUUCCCAGCUGCACGUGCACCUCAAGAGCCACAGCGGCGAGAGGCCACACGAGUGCAUGGAGUGCGGCAAGCGGUUCGUGCUCCUCUCGCACCUUGACUACCACCGGAACAACGUGCACGGCAACGCCGAGAAGUCUCACGUGUGCCCGCAGUGCUGGCCGCGGCUUCGUGCGGCGCGCCGUGCUCGGUCGGCACAUGCUCUCGCACGAGACGGAGAAGCCACAUGUCUGUUCGGUGUGUGGCAGGACGUUUUCGCGGCUGGACAAUGCCAAGACUCACCUGCGGCGGAAGCACCCGGAUUCCGACGGAGACAUUUACACCACGCCGGUGGGGAACUUGUUGGAGGAUGUGCCGCGCUACGGCGCGUUAAACGAAGGCCGGAGAGAUCACUCCUCUGCGCUGUAUGAAAGCGCGCCGUCGAACAUUCUUGGUGUUGCCGGGGUUCUGGAAACGCCAGACUCAAACAGCUUGCAUACGCUAAGCAAGCCUUAAUAUAGUACGUAGACAUUUACACCAUGCCAGUGGGGAACCUGUCGGAGGACGUGCCGCGCUAGGGCACGUUAAAUGAAGGCCAGGGAGAUCGCUUCUCCACGCUGUAUGAAAGCACGCUGUCGAACAUUCUCGGUGUUGCUGGUGUUCUGGAAAUGCCAGACUCGAGCAGCUUGCAUACACUAAGCAAACCGUAAUGUAGUCCCCCCCUGAAAAAAGAAAAGUAGAAUUGGCUGCAGAGAGCGUGUGCGUGAGAACGUGAAGGUGCUCACAUGAAACACAAAAAUAGUGACAAAUUGUUCGAAGUUUGGUUGCCGACUGCUCUCAGACAAGGUGGUUGAAAAAAGAAUAGUUCAUGUUCAGCACACAUGCAUACCUUUGACUUUCUGUUGUUUAUAAACGUGCGGCUGGUGUUCUAAGCGGCAACUUACGUUUCUUCCACGAUAGGCAGGAGUGAUUGUAAAUAGUAAUGAAAUGGUGACAGAAACCCGACACAUGGCAAAAAGGCAACAGAUUUUGUACUUUUAAGGCACCUAUUGGGUUUCGGACGUUAAAGGGGUCAUGAAGCACCCCUUGGGCUUGUUGAAAAAACACAUCCUGCGGAAAGCUGACACGGCUAUGAACUGCUCAGUCAAAUAUUGCAGUCGUGCGCGCUGCGUAAAGGCAACAAGUCGAGCGCGAAGUUGCUGUUUUCUCAGGCGCCCUCUUUUCAAACAGAGGCCGGUUCUCACUCUCGUUGGUGGGCGGGGCGUCUGCUGGUUGACGUCGCGUAUCUGCUUCGCCACGUCGCAAAAGACAUAGCAUCCUCAUAGGCCGAUAGCCGACAUAAAUCGAGAGUGGCUUUCGGAUCAGAUGUGCUUCUUGCCACGGGGUGCCGCCACUUGCCUGCGCUGCACUCCUCAGUCUGCUAACUUUACACGGUAGCCGCACUCGCGCAUGCGAAUCACAGCGGGAGAGCGAUCGCGUUUCAUGACGCGCGCUGAUGUAACUUCUUACCCCCGUGCCAUCCCUCCCUGUGUAGCUUCCAGUGCGCUCGUCGGCACGAGAAAAGAGAGAAAGCGCUGAGAGCGUGCGCCAAACCCCCGUAACUCCGCUCAUUCUUGAUGGAUUCGAGAAAUUUUUGCGGCAAUUGAUUCGGGAGGCAGUAAACUCCGAUACUGAGGUCAUUACAUCCUUACUUGGAAAUGUGGUUCAUGACCCCUUUAAGGUACACGUGGAUACAACUGGCUGUAUUACCACAGCAGCCAGGCGAAAUGCUAGAGGUCCAUGUACAGGUGCCCACAAAAUAAUUGGGAGCUCCAGACUUGUGACCCCUCGUCGGCGGAGCACACAGUAGAAAAAUACAGCCAUAGGUCAACGCGUGUGCGGCAUCCCUAGCAAGCAAGCCUCGCUCUCUAGUGUAUCUAGAUAGGCACUGCCUUGCGUUAAAAGAACAUGCGGUUUGUCCUGUCAGCGCUGUGACAACACAUCAGAGGGGAUUUGGACCUGUAGGCUAUAGCGUGCUCACACUCUGUGCAGCGUAAUCCCUAAACGCACGUGUAAUCCUUGUGGCAUGACCUUAAUUGACUCUUAAUUGUGAACUCUUAGUUAAUGAACCCUUAUUAGGUAAUGGACUUCAAUGAAAUCUUAAUUAUCUGAAUUUGGUGGAACCAGUCUUAUCACAGAGUGCCGAAUUGAUGUUAAUUAGUCUAUUACUUUUCACGUCCCUUAAUUACUUUUAAUUAUUGGUAAUUAAAUUUCUUGACUUAAUAAUCCACUUUAGCACGCCUUAAUAAAGGUGAUGUGUGAUAUCCGUAUUUGGUCUUAUUAAUUACCCUAAUUAUUUUUAAUUUGUCUUUGGACUCUUGAAUUACUCAUAGUUACUUGGUGCCUGAUUCACUUUUACAUGGUUUAUUCAAUGGUAGAGGUGCAGUAUGGUGUUUUCUGAUUUUUGCGACCACAAGUGUGGUCAACAACGAGCGGCCGGACGACCACGGCCACAUUCUGCGACUAAUGAGCCAGUUGGGCAUUUCGCUUUGAAAGGCGCCGGUGACCAUUAAAGCGCAUGCACGCGUGUGUAUGCUCCACCGCAUGCUCAAGCUUGCAUAUAGCGUUUUAAAGAUUGCAUUCGCGCAGCCCCCCUGUGAAAAUAUUAAAGGCACCAACUCUAUUUUUUUUUGAGCUAGGCAACAUCUAUUUAGAUGCAGUGGCGAGCGAGGCGAGCUAGCUAGGGAUAUCACGCAUGUGCAGAUCCUGGCACUACUUUUUCACUGGUGCGCUCCGCCGACGAGCAGCCACCAAUCCAUCGCUGCGAAUUAUUUUGUGGGCAUCUCUACUGUGCGAUGUCAGUGCAUGUUAAAGAACACCAGAUGGUCAAAAUUUCCGAAGCCCUCCAUUCCGGUGUGAUGCGUAAUCAUAUCGUGGUUUUGGCACGUAAAACCUCAGGUGUAUUAUUAUUAUACUACCAGAGCAGGCAUAUACUUAGCACAUCCCCAUACACAAGUGCCUUGUAAGUGAUGUCCAAUCUACGAAAGCUUGUAGGCAGUAAGGGUCAGACAUACACAAAGUCUUCAGUUCUGUGUGCACCGCUUUGAUUGAUUGUUGUCGGCAAGGAACUUGGGGUUAAUGAGUCUGGCCGAUCAGGAAAAUUAAGGCCAACGAAAUUCGUCGCAACCUGCUGUUAACACACGCAACUUCGCUUCCUCAUUCCUCGUAACAGACCUGAAAGCUUCAUUCACUUGUGCUAAGAAGUGAAAAAAUUCAGAUCAGUGUGCGUGCGGGAAGUCUAUGCAUUAACUGCAGCCCGGAAGUGCCGAUAAUGCAGUAGUGUAAUUGUGAUGUCAUUGUUAUGUGCCUCCGAGAUCGGUGGUGUGCACAGCCCUCUCUUGGUGGAGUGGGGGGGAGGAAUGUCUGAGAGAUGCCCAGUGUGGUGGUGUUAUUCCUGCCCUCAUCGUCAUCUAUUUAAUCUUUUUAAAAGUUUUCCCGUUUCGUCUUCCCACGUUCAUAGUAGCAAGGCAGAGCAUACUAGCUUACAGUGAUUAUUUCUUUGCUGUGAUGAAUUCCUUCCUGUGGAAUUGUACGAAUUCUUCAUUGUUGGUGGUUUCCACUCCGCAACACUGGUGACUGCUUGUCAUAUUGUGAACAAGGUGAAUUAGUGUCCACAAUGACUGAGGGCACGAACGCAUAUUAAAGAAAUGAUCAUCAACAUCCAUGUUUUUCAUGCUGAUUUGCAAGUCCUUUCUAGUAGUACACGUUUAGGGGCUAGGUGGUGCAUUGAUUCUAAAAGGCUGGAUUGCGCAAAAGA